AUGAGAAGUUUUUUCAAACAUAUACAAGGUAUAAAAGAAAAUGGUACAGCAGCGGAAAUCGUAAAUGCGAUGCGUCUCGAAAAGCAAUUCAAGCUACCCAAGGAACUGCGUCUUCGCAUGGUUAUGGAUUGCGUCUCCGCUAUAGCCAUUUUGAAUCUAAGAAAAAUGGACGCAUUGACAACUUUUGGGGAAGGACUUUACCUAAGUUUGAUAAAAAAACAAAAUAAAUGCCAAAAUAUAUUUUAUUCUUGUGAUACCAAAAAACUUAAAGACUCUACAGAUUCUGAUGAUAAAAUUUCGAUUAACAAAUUGGAUGAACCAAGUGUAAAAAUAAAAUUCGGGUGGGAUGAUCUAGAAGAGGAAUUAUUUUCCUCACCAGUAAAUGAGUGGACGGUAAACACGGUCGAAGUAUCAAGAAAUUUUAGGCUUUAUCAAAAGCAAUUGUUAUUAAGUAUUAAGGAGAAGAGAAAAAAACUGACAUGGAGAGAUACGUUUGAAAUACUAGCACUUUCAUCAAUAAUGAUGUGUUGGCCCUGCCCUUACCCAACCUUUACUACCUCCGAAUGUAUAAAAGUUCUUGAUUCAAAUCCUUAUAGGGUUACAAAACCUAUAUCAACAAGUUCACUCACUACCUCUUUAUAUGAAGCAACUCAUAACUUUUCACUAGGUUUAAAUUCCAAAUUUACAUUGAAUGGAAUCGAAUCUGAUGAAUUGAAGGACGAACUCCCAACAUCAUCAAAGAAAAACGUAACCGAAGACAUGCACCGAUGUAUAUCUGUAGAUCCGUUUAUAAAAACAUUUUUUGGUAAUGAGUUUAAACCAUACGUUUUAGGGCUUAAUCGAAAAGUAGUAGAUAGUAAAAGUCCCGACUUCUGUUGCAUGAUCGAUGAUAUUGCAUUAUUAAACUCCGAAAUUAAGCCCUUGGGGUGUACUCCAUCAAGAGCAAAUAAGAUUUCAUCAAAGUGCACCUCAAAGGCAAGAAUAGAAACGGGUGAAUGGAAAAAGAAAGAAAAAACAGUUACGAACCAAACUAUAAAAUCUGCGGGAAAAGCAAACAUAACUCUAGGAUUUGCAAAAGCAACCCUCGAAGAACUCCACCAAGAGAAAGAUCAGGACACCGACCCUACUCUCCGAAAAGAAACUGGGAAACAAUCGGAAGAAGUAAAACAGGAACCAAUAAAAGAAAUAUCAAUUAUACCUUUAUUGGAAGAAGGAGUGGAACAAAGGGCAACCUUUGAUAGUAUAACACAAACGAAACAAUAUUUGACUGCUGAAAUACAAAUUCUACAGAAUAUAAAGAAAGAAGAACGGGUUAAACAAUUAUUACGAGUACUACCAAGAACUGACAAAGCAAGAGUUAAAAUGGAUUUCCGAAGAAAUAACUACGGAAGAAUAUACACAAGCAGGAGAUUUCAAGGAAUACCAAAUGGAGAAUGGCAAGAUAUGACCUCUAGUGAACAGGGAAACAAAUCAAUGAUUUGUUGCAGAGGAAAAAAAGCAAGGGACUUGAAAAGGAUAUUUAAUGAAAUCUACCUAGUAAAGAUACUAGGAGAAAAAGGAAAUAAAGAAUUUCACUGUUGUGAAUGUAAAGGGCUAAUGACAAUACAAGAAUUAAGAAAUUGCAAGCGAGAAGGAGAAGAACCAAGGAUAACGUAUAUAUGUGAAAGAAGAAAGACUGACUUUUCGAUUAUGUGGAAAAUCACAGUGCCAAAGUGUGAGGACGGAGAAAAUGAAGAAAAGGGAGAAGAGGUCCCGGAAGAAUGGAAGCGACAAAAAGGAGGAUAUAGUCAUGAUAAAAGUAUAUGUGAUCUCGAAUGCCAGAUGGCAUUAGCGGCAGCAACAGAAGCAGGAAGAUAUACAGAAAUAUGA